UUCCAGAGAGCAGGGGGAGAGCAGAGAGGAGAGGAACAGAGAGGAACCGAGAGGAACGAAGAGGAAAGGAAAGGAGAAGAAAAGAAAGGACUGUGACAGAGGAGAGGCCCGGAAAGAAUUCAGGAAACAGAGGAGCGGCAGCGCUGGACAGAGAGAGAGAGAGAAGUCGAGGACGAGACAGAGGUCUGGAACUUCUCUGCUGUGUUCCCCAGGGACCGGGUCAGUGACCACAGCCUCCACAGGAACUCUCUCUCUCCACUGCUCCCCCCUCCUCCUCACCCGCCCUCCUCCCGCCCUCAGCAAACAUGGCUCCCUCUGUGUGGAACACGAGCGAUCGCGUCUGUUAAAGCCCCCGGAGUCGCGGCGCGGAGCGCAGGGGAGCCGAGCGUUGGGAGGCGGUUCAUGGGGAGGUGAGUGCCGGACGGGCACAGCCAUGGGGAACGUGUGUGGCUGCGUGCGCGGGCCCAAGGAGGAAUGCUACGUUGAUCCCAGCAAAGCCCCCCUGAGCCCGGAGAGCAGGGAGCUGCGAGGACGACGCUACUUCCAGAGGAAGAAGAAGAGGAAGUCAGGAGACUUACAGCCCACGGAGUCUCUGCUGAGCCGUGGAGGAGACAGUCUCCAGGACGGGGAUGUCUCCGGGGGCAUGGAGCCCCGUCGCGGCCCAGAGCAGGGCCCCGAAAGCAGGGCGGAAGACGGACCUGACGGGGAGAGUCCCCCAGAGGUGGAGGAGACCCCCAGCGCCAGGCCAGGCAGCAUCAGCUGCGGUGUCUACGUGGGUGAAGUGCAGGUGAACCGCAGAGCUCCGCUGGGACAGAGGUUGGCUCUCCGCUCGGGGCGGCUGUCCCAGCAGCAGGGGGCCGGCGUGGAGAGCAGGCCCGCCGGCCAGGCCCCGCUCCGGGGCGUCACCCGGACCUCCAGGGACGUGGCCCCCAAGGACGGGCUCCUGGGCCGGAGGCUGCUCCAGAAGCAGCUGAGGAGGGUGGUGAGCUUCGGGGCGGUGGAGCACACCCUGCACACCCUGAGGGGGGACGACCGCCUGGCCGUCAGCCUCCCCAGGAUCAUCUGGAGCUCCCAGGUCCACCGGCGGACGAGACGCACCCACACGCACACCUGCUCCGGGGCGUCAGGACCCUCUCUGGGUCACACGAAGGGUCCCGGGGCCUCUGUCAUGUGUGCUUCCGCCAGACCUGAGAUCUCUGAGAUCCACGUGUGUGGGGAGUCAGAGGACAUGACGGCCAAGGAGCGACUGCUUCUCUGGACCCGGCAGAUGAGCGAGGGCUACGUCGGCGUACGCUGCGACAACUUCACCUCCUCCUGGAGGGACGGGCGCCUCUUCAACGCCAUCAUACACAAAUACAGACCGGACCUAGUGGACAUGGGUCGUGUCUCGGCCCAGAGCAGCAGGUCUAACCUGGAGCAGGCCUUCACUGUGGCUGAGCAGCUGGGCGUGGCCAGGCUGCUGGACCCUGAGGACAUGGAUGUGCAGUCACCAGACGAGAAGUCCAUCAUCACGUACGUGUCCACUCUGUUCGACGUGUUCCCCAAGGUGCCUGAGGGCGGCGACGGCAUCAACGCUAACGACGUAGAUAUAAAGUGGGUGGAGUACCAGAACAUGCUCAAGUACCUGAGCCAGUGGAUCAAACACAACAUCACAGUGAUGGCAGACAGGGCCUUCCCCAAUAACCCUGUGGAACUCAAGGCACUUUAUACCCAGUAUCAGCAGUUCAAAGAGAAUGAAAUUCCGCUGAAAGAGAACGAGAAGUCUCGGAUCAAACAUCUUUACAAAAUGCUUGAGGUGUGGAUAGAGUUCGGUCGUAUCCAGCUGCCCCAGGACUCUCACCCUAACGACGUGGAGAAGGACUGGGGGAAGCUGAUCGUGGCCAUGCUGGAGAGAGAGAAGAGCCUGAGGCCUGAGGUGGACAGACUGGAGAGACUGCAGCAGGUAGCCAACAGAGUCCAGAGAGACUGUGUGUCUGGGGAGGACAAGCUCGCCGUGGCCAGGACCGCCCUGCAGUCUGACGCCAAGCGCCUGGAGUCGGGGAUCCAGUUCCAGAACGAGGCGGAGGUUGCGGGCCACCUGCUGGAGUGCGAGACGCUGCUCAGGCAGCAGGUGCUGGACAUCCAGAUCCUUCUGGACGGGAAGUUCUACUUCGCUGAUCAGCUUGUCCAAAGGGUCUCCAGGCUUCGUGACGACCUCCUGUCCCUCAGGAGUGAGUGUUCCUCCGUCUACAGCCAAGGCCACACCCUGACCACAGAGCAGACCAAGAUGAUGAUCUCAGGCAUCACCCAGAGCCUCAACUCAGGCUUCUCCUCCAGCCUCACCCCGGCCCUCACCCCCGGAGGCCUGGGCACCCCGGGGUCCACCUUCACCUCCAGCCUUACCUCCGGCCUCACCCCCGGCCUCACCCCUGGUCUGCAGCCUGGCUCUGGGCAGGCCUACGUGGGGGGAGAGGGAGAGGGGAUGGACCCGGGAGCCCUCCAGCACCUCAAGCACAUGCAGAUACGAAAACCCCUGGGGAAGUCGCUAGGAGACCCCAACAUGACCGAAGAGGAGGUCAACAUGAACUUCGUUCAGGACCUCCUCAGCUGGGUGGAUGAGAUGCAGGUACAGCUGUACCGUGCAGAGUGGGGGUCUGACCUGCCCAGUGUGGAGGUGCACAUGGAGAGCCACAAGACUAUUCAGAAAGCCAUCGACGAAUUCCAAAUGAGCCUUAAAGAAGCUAAACUUAACGAGAUUCAGAUGAACCAGCCUCUAAAACUAACAUAUUCUGAAAAACUGGGUAAACUAGAGUCUCAGUACAGCAAAUUACUGAGCUGUUCAGGGGACAGGCAGAGGCACCUGGAGAGCCUGCAGGACUUUGUGUCGCGGGCCACCCAGGAGCUCAUCUGGCUGAACGAGAAGGAGGAGGAGGAAGUGGCCUUCGACUGGAGCGACCGAAACAGCAACAUCUCCAAGAAGAAGGACUACCAUGCUGACCUGAUGAGAGAGCUGGAUGACAAGGAGGAGGUGAUCAAGUCUGUGCAGGACAAGGCAGAGACCCUGCUGCUGGAGAACCACCCGGCCAGGCUCACUAUUGAAGCUUACCGGGCUGCCAUGCAGACUCAGUGGAGCUGGGUGCUGCAGCUCUGCUGCUGUGUGGAGCAGCACCUGAAAGACAACUCUGUCUACUUUGAGUUUUUCAAGGAUGCCAAAGAGUCCAUGGACUACCUGAAGAGCCUGCAGGAUACGGUGCAGAGGAAGUACAGCUGUGAUCAAAGCAGCAGCCUUCACAAGCUGGAGGAUCUCAUCCAGGAGUCCAUGGAUGAGAAGGAACAGCUUCUCCAGUACCGGAGCAGCGUGGCGGGGCUUGUGGGCCGGGCCAAGGCUGUCGUCCAGCUCAAGCCCAGGAACCCAGAAAGCCUGGUCAGAACCUCCAUACCGGUGAAAGCCAUCUGUGACUACCGACAGAUAGAGAUAACCAUCUACAAGGACGAUGAGUGUGUACUGGCCAGCAACUCCCAUAGGGCCAAGUGGAAGGUGAUCAGCCCGUCGGGGAACGAGGCCAUGGUUCCCUCAGUCUGUUUCACUGUGCCUCCGCCCGACAAGGAAGCCGUGGAGCAGGCCAGCAGGAUCGAGCAGCUGUACCAGAACGUCCUGUCCCUGUGGCAUCAUUCCCACGUCAACAUGAAGAGCGUCGCAUCCUGGAACCUCCUCAUGGCCGACAUCCACGCCAUCCGCAAGUGGAACGUGUCUUCGAUCAAGACCAUGUUGCCGGGCGAGCACCAGCAGGUCAUUAGCAACCUGCAGUCCCACUUUGAAGACUUCCUGGAGGACAGCGAGGAGUCGGAGGUCUUCACCGUGGCAGACCGCUCUCAGCUGGAGAGGGAGGUCCAGGCCUGCAAGGAGUACUACGAGGAGCUGCUAACGUCUGCAGAGAGAGAGGAGCAUGAAGAGUCUGUGUACAACCUGUACAUCUCGGAGCUGCGUAACUUCCGCAUGCGUCUGGAGUCGCAGGAGGAGCACCUGAUCAGGCAGAUCCGCACGCCUCUGGACCGUGACGACCUGGAGCAGAGCGUCCAGCGCAUUGCAGAACAGGAGAAGAAGAGGAGUGAGCUGGAUCAGCUGAGGGGGGACCUGGAGGCCAUGAGGGAGAAGUGUGAGGUGUUCCUCCGGCAGGCCACCGCCUCACCGUCUGUCCCGACACUCUCUUCCGAGCUGGACGUCAUCCUCCAGAGCAUGAACCAGGUCUACUCCAUGUCCUCCAUCUACCUGGAGAAGCUGAAGACUGUGAGCCUGGUAGUGAAGCACAGCCAGAGUGCAGAGGCAUUGGUCAAGACAUUCGAAGCCAAACUCUGUGAGGAGGACACCAUGAACUCUGACCUGAAGUCCAUAGAGACGGUUAUCAGCAGACUGAAGCAAUGGCGGACAGAGAUUGACGACCAGCGCGAGGUUUUCCACGACCUGGAGGACGAGCUCCAGAAAGCCCGGGCUGUCAGCGACCGCAUGUUCAAAACUCACAACGAGCGUGACUUUGACCUGGACUGGCACAAGGAGAAAGUGGACCAGCUGAGCGAGAGGUGGAACAGUGUCCACUCGCAGAUUGAGAGCAGGCUUCGGGAUCUGGAGGGCAUCGGUAAAUCUCUUAAAUACUACAAGGACUCUUACACCAGUCUGGACGAGUGGGCCAGAGAGGUGGAAACCAUGCAGAAGAAGACCCAGGAGAAGCACCCUGAGGACAGCAAGGCCCUCACUGAGCUGCUCAACCAGCAGAAGGUUCUUGUUGCUGAGAUGGAACAGAAACAGACCAGGAUGGAUGAGUGCCAGAAGUACUCUGAGCAAUACUGUGGUGCAGUCAAAGAUUACGAGCUCCAGAUGAUGACCUACCGAGCGAUGGUGGACUCCCAACACAAAUCUCCCCUGAAGAGACGCAGGAUGCAGGGAUCGUCUGACGCCAUCCAGCAGGAGUUUAUGGACCUCAGAACCCGCUACACCGCUUUGGUCACCCUCAUGACGCAGUACGUGAAGUUUGCCAGCGAGACGUUGAAGAGGACGGAAGAUGAGGAGCGAUCUGUCGAUGAGGAGAAGAAAGAGAAUGGUGAUAAAGUUAGCAAGCUAUUGCACUGGAUGUCCAGUGUAAAACCUGGCCUGGGCAAAGAUGCUAAAGCUAGCACAACGACUGCUAGUAAGCCCCAGACAUCAAUGGAGGAGAUUGUGACCAAGAAGGAGCAGAUUGCAGAGGUCCUGAGGACCACACAGAUGCUGAUUACCAAACACAGUGACAAGAUGACGGAGGAGGAGAAGCAGGAGGCCAAGGAACAGCUGAAACUGCUUCAUGAGGCCUACGGUGAUCUCAGCCAGCAGUGUGCAGACCAGACGCCCCCUGUUGACCAGGAUUCCCAGACGAUUGAGGGGAUUCUGGAGACUGAGAGUGGAUCAGUCUACUCCGUGUUUGCUUCUGUCCAGAGAGGCUUGCUGGACCAUAGGACGGGGGUCUGCCUCCUGGAGGCCCAGCUGGUCGUACACGGCCUCACUCUGCCACAGAGCAGGGGGUCUGUCGACCUGGAGGCCCAGCUGGUCGUACACGGCCUCACUCUUCCACAGAGCAGGGGGUCUGUCGACCUGGACGAGGCUCUCACAAAGAACCUCCUCGAUGAGCCGACAUGGAGGCAACUCCAGGAUCUGAACGAGGCCAACAACAUCCUCCAGAGCCCCCAGUUUUCCUCUGAGCCUCUGCCCGCGAUAGCAGCCUUCUGUGAGGGGGUCAUCUCAGAAAAGUUGGCUGUCAAAGUCAUGGAGAUCCAGCUGGCUACUGGAGGUCUCAAGAUAUUUAACACCAGGGAAUUACUCACCCUCGAUGAUGCCUUCCAGUUUGGACUCAUCCCUGCCCCUUUCUACGUCCAGAUAUUGGAAAGACAGAACAGCACGAAGGGUCUAAUUAGCCCUAGCACGGCUGAGAAUGUGUCCCUGGCCCAGCUGGUCAAAAUGAGUGUCCUUCAUGAGAACACGGGUCUAAGACUGCUGCCUGUGAAGGAAAACCAUCAAGGAACCAUAGUGUUGCCAUCAGGAAGGCAAACCAGUGUGCUGAGGGCGGCCCAUGAGGGCUGUAUCGAUCGUGAGACCAUGUUAAGAUUACUAGGGUCUCAACUGUUUGCUGGUGGGAUCGUCGACCCAAACACCGGACGUAAACUGACAGUUGAGGAAGCCCUGUCAGAGGGCCUCAUUGACCCAGAUAUUGCCUCUGGGAUACUGAGUCACCAGACACAAAAUGGCGGCAUUGUCAAUCCCAAAAAUGGAGAGAGGCUUACGGUGGAUGAAGCUGUCCAGUGUGACUUGAUGAGCUCCACCAGUGCUCUGCUGGUGCUGGAGAAACAGAGGGGCUUCUUGGGGCUGUUGUGGCCUCACUCAAGGGAGAUACUCACUUUCUCCACCUCUCUGCAGCACAACAUUAUCACCAACCAGCUUGCCUGCAAACUGAUCAGCAACAGACAGAAGAUUGCGGCCUUUUACAUCCCGGACAACUUGGAGGUUGUCGAUAUCAACUCUGCAGUCCGAAGCGGUCUGAUUGACAGACACACAGUGGAGAUACUGAAAACGAUCAAAAUACCAGAUGUGUUUCCAGAUAUCGAUGAACUUAAUACGAGGUUCUCCUCUUGGUUGAUGUUCAAGGAGCUGCAGAUUGAAGGAUGUCACAGUCCCAGAGAUACCGCAGACGUGGAUGAACAGAGCCUUGUUGCUCCAUCUCCCUCAGAGGCAGAGCAGCUUUUUAUCUCCUACCUCAUGAUGAACAGCUAUAUGGAUCCAACAUCUGGGAAAAGACUACUGAUAUUUGAUGGACAGUUGUCUAACAUGUCCAAAGUCUUAAUGGAAGAGUUAGCAGACGCUGGUGAACGCGAGAGACGGAACUCGGUAUCAUCUGAUGAUAAUACAAGGAUGGAUGAUAAUUCUGAGACACUGACAAAUUCAGAAGCAUCAUCUCAAAGCAGUAAGGAGGAUCUGGUUCUGUUGCAAAUCGAUGAAGAAAUAGAUCAAACGAUGGAAGACCAGGAAGUGCGUAGUUUUCCGGGUGUGGUUGACAAGGGAAAUGAGGUUUCUCUGGAUGUUAAAACCUAUCUUGGGACUAGUGUUUCAGGACAUGAUGCCCUUGAGGAACCCUUUGGACAAACUGACACAGUAGCUCAACAUGACGCUGCUCAUGGUCUAUCUGACCACACAUCUCAAAAGUACUCCAAAUGCAUAGGUCCUGUUCAGGGCAGCAACUUGGAGGAAGAUUCAGUUGAUCAAGUAAAUAGGUCUGCCAAUGGAGGUUUAGUUCUCCAAGCAAAUACAGGAAGCCGAACAUCUCCAACAUCCUGUGUCGUGAAUGGAUCCGAUACAUGUUUAACUUCAGGAAAACAUGAGCUCACACUGUCAAGCCCCACAACUGCAUCUUUGCCCUCUUGGCAGGUGCAAACAGAGACUGAGCCUGGAUCAUCACCAUGCAGGAUGGUACCUGAGACUGAGCCUGGCUCAUCACCAUGCAGGAUGGUGCCUGACACUGAGCCUGGAUCAUCACCAUGCAGGAUGGUGCCUGAGACUGAGCCUGGAUCAUCACCAUGCAGGAUGGUGCCUGAGACUGAGCCUGGCUCAUCACCAUGCAGGAUGGUGCCUGACACUGAGCCUGGAUCAUCACCAUGCAGGAUGGUGCUUGAGACUGAGCCUGGAUCAUCACCAUGCAGGAUGGUGCCUGAGACUGAGCCUGGCUCAUCACCAUGCAGGAUGGUGCCUGACACUGAGCCUGGAUCAUCACCAUGCAGGAUGGUGCCUGAGACUGAGCCUGGAUCAUCACCAUGCAGGAUGGUGCCUGAGACUGAGCCUGGCUCAUCACCAUGCAGGAUGGUGCCUGACACUGAGCCUGGAUCAUCACCAUGCAGGAUGGUGCCUGAGACUGAGCCUGGAUCCUCACCAUCCAGGAUGGUGCCUGAGACUGAGCCUGGAUCCUCACCAUCCAGGAUGGUGCCUGAGACUGAGCCUGGAUCGUCACCAUCCAGGAUGGUGCCUGAGACUGAGCCUGGAUCCUCACCAUCCAGGAUGGUGCCUGACACCGUUGACAGGCUCACAGACUCUCAGUGCUCUAAGGAAGGGCUGGAGGACGAGGAUGAGAGAAGAUACGCCCUCCACCUGCUCAAAGCCCAGGUGGAGGAGGGCGGCAUCCUGGAUGUGACCUCAGGCAAACGCUACGAUCUGGAGGGAGCCCUGGAUAAAGGUCUGGUGGAUGAGGAGACUGUACUGGAGGUUCUGGCUCUCCAGUUGCACAGGAGCGGGGUGGUGGGGGAUGAGAGGGACACCAUGUCCACCCUCCAGGCAGCAGUGUCAGCUGGGUCCAUCUCUUCCCAGGUGGCCGUGCAGAUCAUGGAGCAGCAGAACCUGCUAGCCGGAGUGUACGUCUCCAAGGCUGGGAACACCAUCUCGGUUAGUGAAGCUCUGGAGUCAGGGCUGGUCAGCGAAGAUCUGGCCGUGAGCCUCCUUCACUCGGAGCCCAAGCACAAAGCGAUCGUCGACCCUGAGGGGAAAUGCUCUCGCUCCGUCUCUGAAGCCAGACGACUGGGAUUCAUAGACGACCAGGAGGCUGAGAAUCUGCUGACACGGCACACUGAGACGAAAGUGGCGGUGAUCAUUCUGGAUAUUCCGGAUGAGCCGAUGGAUAGAAUGGAGACUGGGAAAGGACUCGCAGGCGAUGAGUGGGACACUAUAAGGAACCAUGAGGAGAUGAGUGAUGCCCUGAAUCCUUCACAUCCUCCAUACAGCGUCUGUCAAGAUUCUGCACGACAGAUCAUCUCACCCAUCUUGUCCAAUCAGUUAACAGAGGAGCUUACCGCCCAUCAAACUGACUCAGCAUGUUUACCAAGAGAAGAUUGGGAGCAAUCGGUCCAUUCCAGUAGAGAUUCCUCAUCAGAUAUGGUCUGUGGAUCUAGAAAUAACACCCAACAUAAUACUUUAUCAAACAUGUCACAUCCAAUCAGUCUUUCGGAUAACAGGCUUUCCCAGGGUAAAUCGGAGGAAAAUCAUCUGACCGUCGUUGUCACUUCCCCUGGUCUGCCUGAUGAUGUGGAGCCAGUGUUGUUCUGCCUGGACGAUGGGCUGACCAGUGCAAGUUACCGACAGGUGGAGAUCGUAGCUAACCAGACGGUGAGUCCGGUUCACAGUGACUCGGGGGUAUCCUGUUCCUCACACAGCGAUACGCAGUCUGAAGAGAGGAAGACGGAGAACGUGCUGGCUCCAGUCAGGGAGCCGGCCGAGGAGCUCGUCCCAGAGAGAUCGUCUUCCAGGGGUCUGUCCAGCCUCGCCACUGGCUUGGUGUCUGAGUCUUCCUCUGGGAAUGCAGGGGAUAUCACAGCCAGCGCCACUGAAUAUCUACAGCCGGAUAAUGGCAUGCCUCAGCAAGCUGUUGUCAGACCAAAGCCAUUAGGGGGAAUCACACCUGCCUCUUCUCACAAUGGACACAGUCAGAGUGAGUUUGUAUGUGAUUUCAUUCCUCCAGUGCUUUGGCAAGACUCUUCAAAUUCAGCUAUAAUGUCAGAGGCUGUUAUUCCAGACGCUAGUCACAGUAGUGAUUACACCGAUUACAAAACUCAUUUAGAAAUGUCUGUGCCUACCCUCGUCGAAGAUCAUUCUUCCGGAACCACGUCGGAUCCCACUGGAGCAACGAAUCAGUCAGGUUCUAAUGCUAAGGCAAGAUCCCAGACUGAAUCAGGAAAGGAACAAUCUGCAGUGAAACAACUGGCUGAGGUUCACUCUCAUGGCCCAGGUUGUACCCCUGCAGAAGCUGAGUCAGAGGCAGGAUCGACAGCACAGACAGACGAUCACAACCACCGACCGAGAUCACCUGAGAACGGCCUCUCCUCAAGCUCUCCCUCAUCUUCAAACCUGACCUCAGGGCCUCCACUGAAUGAGACAGAACCUGGCCUAGGAUCAGAAAGAAGAUGGGAUGUAAGGGGUCAGGAAUCACAUCCAACACAAACUGGGUGUAGCCCCUUGGAGGAAUCCCUGCUAAAGACUAAAAAUACCUACCCAGAAUCCUCUAGUGUAUCUGAGGGUGCUGCGGCCCCAGCCUCAGUCCUCUACGACGCCGUGCGGUCUGGCCUGGACGAGCUGGUGAAGAUGAGGGUGGAGGGGGCAGAUGUGGGAGACCUGCAGAAGGCAGAGAACCAGGCAGUGGAGGACAUCAUCAGUGUGAUCCAGACCAUUCCCCACCCCCCAGGGAGAACAGGCCCCGACCAAGGACCAGCACAUCCAGGCCUCCAGGCACCUCCAGGCCCUCAGGCACAUCCAGACAUCCAGGCACCUCCAGACAUCCAGGCACCUCCAGGUCUCCAGGCACCCCCAGGCCUCAAGGAUCCUCCAGGCCUUCUGGCACCUCUAGACAUCCAGGCACCUCCAGGCCUGCAGGCACCUCCAGGCCUCCAGGCACCUCCAGACAUCCAGGCACCUCCAGGCCUCCAGGCACCUCCAGGCCUCCAGGCACCUCCAGACAUCCAGGCACCUCCAGGCGUCCUGGCACCUCCAGGCCUGCAGGCACCUCCAGGUCUCCAGGCACCCCCAGGCCUCAAGGAUCCUCCAGGCCUUCUGGCACCUCUAGACAUCCAGGCACCUCCAGGCCUGCAGGCACCUCCAGGCCUCCAGGCACCUCCAGACAUCCAGGCACCUCCAGGCCUCCAGGCACCUCCAGGCCUCCAGGCACCUCCAGACAUCCAGGCACCUCCAGGCGUCCUGGCACCUCCAGGUCUCCAGGCACCCCCAGGCCUCAAGGAUCCUCCAGGCCUUCUGGCACCUCUAGACAUCCAGGCACCUCCAGGCGUCCUGGCACCUCCAGACAUCCAGGCACCUCCAGGCGUCCUGGCACCUCCAGGCGUCCUGGCACCUCCAGGCCUGCAGGCACCUCCAGGCCUCCAGGCACCUCCAGGCCUGCAGGCACCUCCAGGCCUCCAGGCACCUCCAGACAUCCAGGCACCUCCAGGCCUGCAGGCACCUCCAGGCCUCCAGGCACCUCCAGACAUCCAGGCACCUCCAGGCGUCCUGGCCCCCCCAGGCCUCCAGGCACCUCCAGGCCUCCAGGCACCUCCAGGCCUCCAGGAUCCUCCAGGCCUCCAGGCACCUCCAGGCCUCCAGGCACCUCCAGGCCUCCAGGCACCUCCAGGCCUCCAGGCACCUCCAGGCCUCCAGGAUCCUCCAGGCCUUCUGGCACCUCUAGACAUCCAGGCACUUCCAGGCCUGCAGGCACCUCCAGGCCUCCAGGCACUUCCAGGCAUACAGGCUCCUCCAGGCCUUCUGGAGAGCAGCAGUCCAGAUCUCCUCGUGGACGUGCUGAAGCAGGAAGCUCCACACUCCCCUGAGAGCAAGGACUCUCCUGGAGGCCCGGAGAGGACCAGGUCCCACAUCCAGUCUCAGUUGCUGCAGGUGAUCCAGAACGUCUCCUCCGGUCAGGACCCGGAGGUUCUGCGGGAGGUCAUGGAGACGCUGACCAGUAUGAUGGGCGGAGGGCCACAGGAGGACAGGCAGGGCUACCGUCUGGAGAGCAUCCAGGAGGAGAGCUCCGAGGAGGAGGCUGAAGGAGCGACGGAGGCAGAGAGGCCGGACCUCUGCCACUCUGCCCUGGAGGACCAGCGGGCACGCGCUGCUAUUGGCUCAAGUAUGAGGAAAGCUGAGGGGAUUGAAGCUGAAGUCCAGCCACAAUGUUCCACUCAGGAUUAUCUGGAGUGUGUGGGCAGACUCCAGGAUCACGGAGAUGUCUUAGAGGACAUCAAGAAUGACCUUUUGACCCAGGGUCCUCUGAGUAGCAACAUGGAGGAGUUAGUGGGUCAGCUGGGAGAAUCUCAGUCACUGGAAUCCAAUCUGUCCACGCUGGCUGGUGUUCUAAAUACAGACUUGCAGCUAGCCAGGCAGCUGUUGCACUGCAGUAAUGAAAUGGUACCCUCACAAAUCCACCAAGACUUGGCCUCGGCCUUCAUUGAUUUGCAGCCAGCUUUCACAGACGUUUGCCGAAUCUCUGCAGAAAGGACUUAUGUUCUGACACAGGCUAUUGAAAUAGGAAAGGCCCACCUAGAGUCCACAUACCAGGAUCUGCUCUGUACCCUUGACACACUCUCAGGGUGUGUCUGUGAUAACCCUGAGAGUGUCUGCAAUCUGGAUAUGAAGGACACAUGUGACCUGGACACAGUGAAGCACAUGAUCGAGCAGAACAGGAACACUGAGGGAAGGCUGGCAGGGUUCCGGCGGCAGCUGGAGGAAGUAGCGUUCGACAUCCAGUACUUCAUAUCUGAGCAUGCCCAGUUUCUCAGCCCUGCCCAGAGCCGGCACCUCCUCAAGACUCUCAGCGCCACCCAGAGGGCACUGAGGGAACAGCAGGGGGUGGUGGCGGACCAGACAUGCACCCUGGAGCAGGUCCUCGGGGCCAGGGAGAAGCAGAGUCUGCAGAAGUGCAUGGUGGAGAAACAGCAGGAGCUGCAGGGGAAACUGCAGGAGCUGUGUGACGGUCUGACCCUGACGGAGAACCGCCUGAUCGGGCACCAGCAGCAGACCUGGGGGGCAGAGAGGGGCAGUGACCUGCAGCAGUGUCAACAAGAGCAGCAGGCUCUGCAGAAGGAUGUUCAGACCAACACCACUGCGCUGAAUGAGGUCAUCUCCAGCACGAAGACCUUCCUGGAGGAGAACCGGAGCAAGCUGACCCCGGAGCAGACCUCGGCCAUAGAGAGGAAGCUGGAGGAGGCCAAGAGCAAAGCCAAACUCAUCAGUCAGCGGGCGGAGGACUCCAGGAAAGACCUGGAGAAGGUGGUGACCACCGCCAUCAAACAGGAGACCGAGAAGGUGGCAGCAGAGGAGCAGCUUCAGGAGAGCAGGAACACGAUCGAAGGUCUGCUGGGCUGGAUCUCCAACAUCGCCUCUGAGAAGGAGAGCGUCCAGGACCAGACAGACAACGACGGCAAGCAGAACGGCAACACGCCGCUGGAGCCUCCUGCCAAGGGCAUGAUGGGAAAUGACAAUGAUGCCAACGGGAAUGUAGCCAUGACAGAUAACGACCCCCAGGGGAACGUUCCGGAGAGCCCCUCCUCGGGCGCGGGCCUAGAGCAGCAGUACGACAGGGUCAAGGCCCGUCAUGAUGAGAUUGUGGCCCAGCAGCAGGCUCUGAUCCAGGCCACUCAGUCAGCCGAGGCCCUGCUCCAGCGCCAGGCCCAGGUGCUGGUCCCUGGGGAGAAGGACAAGCUGCAGAAGAACAUCCAGGAUCUCAGGGAGCGCUACGACGCCUCGCUCACCCAGGCUGAGCAGCAGAUGAAGCAGGUGCAGUGUGUCCAGGAGGAGCUGGGGAGGUUCCAGGGGGACUGUGAGGAGUUUGAGUCGUGGCUCCGGGACGCGGAGGGGGAGGUGCAGGCGCUGGGGGCUCCUGCAGGCUGCCUGGACGUCCUGAGGGGCAAGCUGGACCGACAGAAGAGCUUCUCCGAGGACGUGAUCUCCCACAAGGGGGACCUGCGCUUCAUCACCAUCUCAGGACAGAAGGUUCUGGAUGUGGCCAGGGCGUGCGGGAGGCCGGAGCUGGGGGAGACGGAUUCCCCGCUGCAGGUGGAUACUUCCGGAACCUGCUCCGCUGUGAAGGAGAAGCUGGAUGCUGCUGCGAGCCGCUACAAAGCCCUGCAUUCCCAGUGCAACCAGUUGGGUAGCAACCUGAAGGAUGUUGUGGAGAAGUAUCAGAAGUACGAGGAUUCUUCUUCACAGCUCCACAGGUGGCUGGGUGUGUCUGAGGAGGAGUCAAGGACACAGCAGGCCCAGCCCAUCGCUGCAGACCCACAGACACUGCAGAAACAGCUGGAGGACACCAAGGCUCUCCAAGGUCAAACCACGGGUCGCCAGAUCGCCGUGGAGACGCUGUGCAAAACUGCUGAUUCGCUGAUCACGUCGGAGGGGGAGCUUUUAUCCAAUCUGGAUGAGAUCCAGGAGACAGUAGCGGACAUCGCAGAGAGAUACGACAACCUGUCCAAGUCCGUGAGCGACCGCAACCAGAAGCUGCAGGGGACGCUGACGCGCUCGCUGAGCGUGCAGGACGGGCUGGACGAGAUGCUGGGCUGGAUGGAGGGGGUGGAGAAGAGCCUGGAGGAGGAUGGCCGCGUGGCUCUGGACUCCGGGGCCAUCGGAGACGCGCUCAGCAAGGAAACUACUCGGGCGCAGGACAUCUGCAGUCGUCAGAGCAGCGUCGACGCCAUGAAGGCCAAGGUGAAGAAGUUCGAAGAGACGGCGGACCCGUCCGCGGCCGCCUCCAUGCAGAGCAAGAUGGCCGCCCUGACGCAGCGCUUCUCCUCCGUCCGCGGGCAGCACAAGCAGAAGAUGGCCCGGCUGGAGAAGAUCAUGGACAAGGUGGAGGAGUUCGAGAAGGCCCAGGAGAAGGUGCAGAACUUUGUGGCGAAGCGCUCGCAGGAGCUGCUGGAAACGGACGGACCGAGCAGGAACGUCAACGAGCUGUCCCAGCUGAUGGAGGACACCAACGCAGAGCUGUCUGAGCAUGCCCAGGACAUGGAGAGGCUGCAGAGUCUGGCCUCGGAGCUGGCCGUCCUGGGGCCCCAGGGCAGCCAGGCCCACAUCCACGUCAAGAUGGACGCCCUCGCCAACACCUUCAACGCCUUCAAGGACACCGUGAGAGAAAAAGAGGAGGAAGUGACAUCAUGCCAGGACCAGCUGGGGGAGUUCAGGUCGGCAGCCUCGGCCCUCAGGAUCUGGUUGGAGGAGACGGUGGAGAAGCUUCCUGCUCUCCAGCCAACCAGCAGCCAGCAGAGCCUGGCAAGGGACCUCCAGGAAGUGAACGGCUUGCUGGAGGAGUGGGACUCCAAGGGCCCUGCAGUCCAGGACAUAAACACCAAGGGAUCUGCCCUGUGUACCCUCAUCAGUGUUCUCACAUCUCCUGCCAAGACCAAGAGCAAGACGGCACACAAGUCAGCUGUUACUAACGGUAACGGUGGAGGGUCUGGAAGCCACGCCUACCUAACCAAUAAAGAGCUGAUGGUGGUGCAGCAGGACGUGACCUCCAUCAACGAGGGCUACGGGGCGCUGGGCCAGAGGCUGAGGAGCCGGGCCGCUGAGCUGGGAGGCCUGGCCCAGCAGGUCCAGGAGGCCCAGCAAGAGGCCCAGGACAUGAUCGCCUGGCUGAGGGACGCUAAGACCAGCGCGGACGCCUGGACGGCCGGGGCCGCAGAGAAGCAGUCGGUGAAGAUGCAGCUGGAGCAGCAGAAGGCCUUUGAGGAAGACAUCGCUCGGAAGAAGGAACAUCUUCAGAGCCUGAGGGAGAAGCUGCACCAGCUGAUAGAGAAGCAUCCGGACUCACCUGAAGCUGCCCAGUGGAAGCAGACGCUGGCACAGAUAGAUGCGGGGUGGGCGGAGGUGAGCGGGUGCGUGGUGGACAGGAAGCAGACCCUGGAGCAGUCCAGCAGGAACAUGGACGUGUUCCAGAGCUCUGAGCCGCAGCUUCGCCAGUGGCUGUGUGAGAAGGAGCUGAUGAUGAAGGUGCUGGGACCGGUGUCUGUGGACCCCAACAUGCUCAACACGCAGAAACAGCAAGUCCAGAUCCUCCAGAACGAGUUUGAGAGCCGCAGGCCCCAGUACGAGCAGCUCACCCUGGCUGCCUCCUGCCUCCUGGGGUCCACCGCCGAGGAGGACCCCCCCGGAGCCAAGCAGGUCAGGGAGCAGCUGGCCGGCGUCACCCACAAGUGGCAGGGCCUGACCGGGCAGCUGGGCCAGCGAGCCGGCCUGAUCGACCAGGCGGUGGAGAAGUCGGGCCGCUUCCAGGAGCUGCUGAGAAGCCUGGGCGAGAGCGCCGCCCUGCUGGAGAGCCGCCUGGGCGGCCAGCAGGCCCUCAGCUCCCAGCCCGACGUGGUGAAGCAGCAGCUGGAGGAGGCCGGGGCCAUAUCUGCCCAGCUGAGGGAGGAGAGGAAGAGGCUGAGGGAGGCCGAGGGCCUGUGCUCAGAACUGGCGGGCCUGGUGACUGAGGAGUACCUCAGGGCAGACUUGACCAGGCAGCUGGAGAGUGUCACCAAGCCCUUCAAACAGCUGGAGGACAAAACAGGGAAGCGGAUCCAGCUGCUCAACUCAGCCUUCGCCAGCUCCCAGCAGUUCCACCAGACCUCCAAAGACUUCCAGGGCUGGCUGGACCAGCAGAUCCAGGAACAGGCCAAGCCCCAGACUGUCUCAGCCAGGGCCGAGGCCCUCCGCCUGGGCUUGGAGGAGCACAGCGCCCUCCAGAUGGCCCUGAAGAACCAGGAGGAGCCUUACUGCACCCUGGUGAGGGAAGGCGAGACCUUGCUCCAGACCACGGACGGUGCAGAGAAGGUGGCUCUGCAGGGCCAGCUCUCCGCCCUGCGCUCCAACUGGGAAGAGGUGAAGAGGAACUCUGGAGACAGAGCGGACAAGCUCCACGCAGCUCUGCAGAGGGCCCAGAAGUACCAGGAGCAUGCCGAGAAGCUGAGCUCCUGGGUGCAGGAGUGCGAGGCCAGGCAGGGCCUGGUCCGCCUCAGCUGCGACCCCGCGGAGGUGGAGGGCUCCAUCUCCCAGCUGAAGGCCAUCCAGAAGGACGUGGACAAACACCAGGGCAAGCUGGAGCAGCUGAGCGCCGACGCCGACGGCCUCCUGGAGGUGGCCAACGCCGACACGGACGCCGUCCGGGAGGAGAGGGCGGCGAUCGUCCGCGGCGUGGACAAGGUGACGGAGGAGCUGCAGAGCAAGAGGGAGUCCCUGGAGAAGAUCUCCCAGAGGAUCCGAGAGUUCCAGGACACUCAGAGAGAGGCCAGGGCUCACCUGGAAGGGGCCAAGAAGCAGCUGGAUAGCCACGCCUCGCUGGGCGUCCAGGCCUACAGCAACAAGAACCUGACCAGCAUGAAGGCCAAGCAGGGCAGCCUGGGCACCGUGCAGGGCCAGGUUGAGCACCUGAAGAGCCUGGCCCAGGGCCUGGUGGUGGAGGUCCCGGAGGCCGAGGGGGUCACGGACCUGCUCCUGCAGGCCGACAGCCUGGAGAAGGAGCACUCGUCGCUCAGCAAAGAUGUGGACCACGCCUGCUCCGCCAUGGAGGCCAAGCUCCAGGGCAUCGGCCAGUUCCAGAGCAGCAUCCGCGAGAUGUUCACCCGCUUCUCCGACCUGGACGACGAGCUGGACGGCCUGGCGCCCGUGGCCCGCGACCGGGGCGCCCUGAGAGAGCAGCGAGACGCCGUCCAGGACUUCCUGGCCAAGCUCCGGGAGCUGGUGACCAACACGGACAACGCUGGCGACAGCUGCAGGAAGAUGAUGGAGGCCGAGGCCUCGCCUGACCUGCUGGGGCUGAAGAGGGAUCUGGACGCCCUGAGCAAACAGUGCAGCAAGCUGCAGGAGAGGGCCAGGAGCAGGGCUGGGCAGGUGGACAGCACCCUGGCCAGGCUGGAUGAGCUCUACUCCAACCUGCAGCAGUUCAAGCUGAGGCUGGGAGAGGCGGAAGGCAAGGAGGACUCGCAGGGGGUCGUCGGCAUGGAGACAGAGGUCAUCAACCAGCAGCUGGAAGCCUUCAAGGUUUUCCAGAAAGAGGAGAUCGAGCCCCUGCAGGCGCAGCUACAAGACAUCAACUCUGCCGGCCAGGCCCUGAUCCACAACGCAGGCAACGGCACCAGCACUAGGACCCUGGAGGACGACCUGGAGGAGGCCAGCACACGCUGGAACACUCUCAGCAAAAAGAUCGCUGAGCGCUCGGCGCAGCUGCACGAGGCCCUGUUGCAUUGUGGGAGGUUCCAAGACGCCCUGGAGUCGCUGCUCAGCUGGCUGAGCGACACGGAGGAGCUGGUAGCCAAUCAGAAGCCUCCGUCGGCCGAGUUCAAAGUGGUCAAGGCCCAGAUUCAGGAGCAGAGACUGCUCCAGAGGCUCCUGGACGAGCGCAGGCCCACGGUAGAGCUCAUCCGCAGGGAGGGGGAGAAGGUAGUGGAGCUGGCUGAGUCCGUGGACAAGGAGAAGGUCCGGGGGCAGGUGGAGUGCCUGGGCAGGAGGUGGGAUGGACUGCUGAAGAAGGCAGAGGGAAGGCUGAAGCAGCUGCAGAGCAUCCUGGUCGUGGCGCAGCAGUUCCACGAGGCCAUGGAGCCGCUCUCCGAUUGGCUGAGCGCCGCCGAGAAACGCCUGGCCAACUCGGAGCCCAUGGGCACCCAGACGUCCAAACUGCAGGAGCAGAUCGGCCAGCACAAGGCCUUGGAGGAGGACCUUCUGGCCCACAGUAAGGACGUGUACCAGGCCGUGAGCCUGGGCCAGAGGCUCCGAGCCGUCUGCUCCGGGGACGACAAGGAGCUGGUCCAGGCCCGUCUGGACGCCACCCAGGCUGGGUACCUGGAGCUCCAGGGGAGGAGCCAGAAGAAGGCUGAGCUGCUGCAGCAGGCUCUGGCCAACGCCCGGCUGUUCGGGGAGGACGAGGUGGCCCUCAUGAACUGGCUGAGCGAAUCCCACGCCAGGCUGAGCCAGGUGUCCGUGCAGGACUACAAAACAGACGUGUUGGAGAAGCAGCGAGCUGAACAGCUGGUGUUCCAUGAAGACAUUGAGCUCCGGAAGCAGAACGUGGAUCAGGCCAUCUCCAACGGGAUGGAACUGCUCAAACAGACCACAGGUGACGAGGUGGUGGUGAUCCAGGGCAAGCUGGACGGCAUCAAGACCCGCUACGCUGAGAUCAGCUCCAUGAGCAGCUCCGUGUCCAGGACCCUAGAGCAGGCCCUGGGCCUGGCCUCCCAGGUGGACAGCACCCACCAGGAGCUCAGCGGCUGGCUGGACGGCGUGGAGGCGGAGCUCAGGGCCUUGGCUGCCCCGGAGCCUGGUGGGGGUCAGCUCAGCCAGGCACAGGCCCGGCAGAAGAUGUUGCUGAAGGAGGCCGGGGCUCAGAAGCCCAAGCUGGACUGUCUGAACGAGGUGAGCAGCUCUCUGCUGGAGCUGGUGCCAUGGAGGGCCCGCGAGGGUCUGGACCGCCUGGUCACCGACGACAACGAGCGCUACCGCGCCGCCAGUGACACGCUCGGCCAGCGCGUUCAGCAGCUCGACGCCGCCAUCCUCAAGUCACAGCAGUUCGAGGAGGCCGCUGCUGCGGAGCAGGUCUGGCUGAACGACGCGGAGGAGAGGCUGGGGUCAGCGGGGGACAUCAGGCUGGAGCUGGACCAGACCGUCCUCCAGCUGCAGGCCCAGAAGGCCUUCUCCAUGGACAUCAUGAGGCACAAAGAUGCUGUAGACCAGAUCGUCAAGACGGGAGAGGCCAUCAUGGACAGCAAGGACCAGGAAGAGAAGCUCGUUCUCAAGGCUACGGUCCAGGCCCUGCUGGACAAGUACGGGGCGGUCAGCCAGUUGAACUCUGAGCGCUGCCUGCAGUUGGAACGCGCCCAGUCCCUGGCCAGCCAGUUCUGGGAGACAUAUGAGGAGCUGUGGCCCUGGCUCCAGGACGCCCGCGCCUCCUUCCUCCAGCUGCCCCUGCCCGCCAUCGAGUACGAGGCUCUGCGCCAGCAGCAGGAGGAGCUGAGGCAAAUGCGUGAGCUGAUAGCGGAGCACAAGCCCCACAUCGACAAGAUGAACAAGACAGGCAGCCAGCUGCUGGAGCUGAGCCCAGCAGAGGGGCUUCCUGUCCAGGACAAGUACACCACCACGGACCGGCUGUACUCCCAGCUGAAGGCUGACGUCAAGCACAGGGCUUCCACCCUGGACGAGGCUAUCUCCAAGUCCACCCAGUUCCACGACAAGAUCGACCCGAUGAUGGAGUCCCUGGAGCGGAUGGCAGAGCGUCUGUGCCAGCCCCCUUCCAUCUCCGUGGAGGUGGAGAAGAUCCGGGAGCAGAUCUCUGAGAACAAGGCUGUGACCAUGGAGCUGGAGAAGCUGCAGCCGUCCUUCGAGACGCUGAAGCAGCGCGGUGAGGAGAUGAUCGCCCGGUCGGAGGGCGCCGACAAGGACAUCUCGGCUAAAGCGGUCCAAGACAAACUGGAUCAGAUGGUGUUCCUGUGGAGCCACAUCCAGGCCCUGGUGGAGGAGCGUGAGGCCAAGCUGCUGGACGUGAUGGACCUGGCCGACAAGUUCUGGUGCGACCACUGCGCCCUCAUCGUCACCAUCAAGGACACCCAGGACCUCCUCCGGGAGCAGGAGGAGCCUGGGGUCGACCCCUCCGUGGUGAAGCAGCAGCAGGAGGCCCUGGAGACGUUCAAAGAGGAGAUUGAUGGGUUGCAGGAGGAGCUAGACGUGGUACAGAACCUGGGGGCGGAGCUCAUGGCGGCGUGCGGCGAGCCAGACAAGCCUGUGAUCAAGAAGAGCAUGGACGAGGUGAACUCUGCGUGGGAGACCCUGGACAAGAGCUGGAAGGAGAGGCUGGACAGACUAGAGGAGGCCAUGCAGGCGGCUGUGCAGUUCCAGGAUGGCCUGCAGGGUAUGUUCGACUGGGUGGAUAUUGUGGAGAGCAAGCUGGACUCGAUGUCUCCAGUGGGAACCGACCUGCAGACUGUCAAGCAGCAGAUAGAUGAGCUCAAGGAGUUCAAGAGCGAGGCGUACCAGCUGCAGAUAGAGAUGGAGCGCCUGAGCCACCAGGCGGGGCUGCUUCUGAGGAAGGUGACGGAGGAGGGAGACCGUCUGGCCAUCCAGGAGCCGGUAGCAGAGCUGAAGAUGCUCUGGGCCGGCCUGGACGAGAAGAUCAUCCACCGACAGCACAAGAUGGAGGGAGCGCUGCUGGCGCUGGGGCAGUUCCAGCACGCCCUGGACGAGCUGCUGGCCUGGAUGAGUCACACGGAGGAGCUGCUGGCCGAGCAGAGACAGGCCACUGGAGAGCCCAAGGCCAUCGAGAUAGAGCUGGCCAAGCACCAUGUCCUGCAGAACGACGUGCUGGCCCACACCAGCACGGUGGAGGCCGUGAACAAGGCGGGGGCCGACCUGGUGGCCUCCAGUGAGGGGGAGGAGGCCUCGGGCCUGCAGAGCAGGCUGGGGAGCCUGGGGCUGCGCUGGGGGGGCAUCCUGGAGAAGACGGAGCGCCGCAGGCAGCAGCUGGACAGCGCACUGCUGCAGGCCCAGGGUUUCCAUGGCGAGAUCGAAGACAUGCAGCACUGGCUGAAAGACACGGAGCGCCAGCUGGGGGCGUCGAAGGCGGUGGGGGGCCUUCCAGACACCGCCCGCCAGCAGCUUCACGCCCAUCUGGAGCUGUGCUCGGCCCUGCAUGCUAAGGAGCCGCUGUACCAGGAGCUGAAGGCCCGAGGCAGACAGCUGCUCACCUCCAGCCCCUCGGGGCAGGACAGCAGCACAGAGGGCCACCUUGCCGGCCUGGAGGAGCGCUGGGACGGCGUCCACGCCAAGGUGGCCGACAGGAAGGUGAAACUGGAGGAAGCUCUGGGUCUGGCCACAGAUUUCCAUGACAACCUGCAGGACUUCAUAAACUGGCUGACUCAGUCAGAGCAGACCCUGACCAUGGCCUCUCCUGCCUCUCUCAUCCUGGAGACCAUCAUGUUCCAGAUCGACGAGCACAAGGUGUUUGUCACCGAGGUGAACUCCCACAGAGAUCAGAUCAUGGAGCUGGACAAGACCGGGACUCACCUGAAGUACUUCAGCCAGAAGCAGGACGUGGUUCUGAUCAGGAACCUGCUUCUCAGCGUGCAAGGCCGCUGGGAGACGCUGCUGCAGAGGUCCGUGGAGAGAGGCCGUCUCCUGGACGACGCCAGGAAGAGGGCCAAGCAGUUCCAUGAGACCUGGAACAAGCUGAUGGAAUGGCUGGAUGAGUCGGAGAAAGCUCUGGACUCUGAACUGGAAAUAGCCAACGACCCAGACAAGAUCAAGACACAGCUGGUCCAGCACAAGGAGUUCCAGAAGGCUCUGGGCAGCAAACACUCGGUGUACGACACGACCAGCCGGACGGGCCGCGCCCUGAAGGACAAGACGUCGCUGCAGGAUGACCGUCAGAGGCUGGACGACACGCUGAGCGAGCUCAGAGACAAGUGGGACACGGUCUGUGGCAAGUCUGUGGAGAGGCAGAACAAGCUGGAGGAGGCCCUGCUGUUCUCGGGCCAGUUCACAGAGGCCCUGCAGGCACUCAUAGACUGGCUGUACAAGGUGGAGCCGCAGCUGGCUGACGACCAGCCCGUCCACGGAGACAUAGACCUCGUCCUCAACCUCAUGGACAACCACAAGGUGUUCCAGAAGGAGCUGGGCAAGAGGACAGGCAGCGUGCAGGCCCUGAAGCGCUCGGCCCGGGACCUGGUGGACGGCAGCCAUGACGACGCCGCCUGGGUCAAGGUGCAGAUGAGGGAGCUGAGCACCCGCUGGGACACGGUGUGCUCUCUGUCCGUGUCCAAGCAGAAGCGACUGGAGCAGGCCCUCUCCCAGGCAGAGGAGUUCCACUCCACGGUUCACAUCCUGCUGGAGUGGCUGGCCGAGGCGGAGCAGGGCCUGCGUUUCCAUGGCAGCCUGCCCGACGACGAGGAGGCGCUGUGUGCUCUGAUAGAGCAGCACAAGGACUUCAUGAAGAAGCAGGAGGAGAAGGGAGCAGAGCUGAACAAGGCCACCAGCCUGGGAGAAGACAUCUUGACCAUCUGUCACCCAGACUCCAUCACCACCAUCAAGCACUGGAACACCAUCAUCAAAGCACGCUUCGAAGAGGUGCAGGCGUGGGCCAGGCAGCACCAGCAGCGCAUGGCGGGGGCUCUGUCGGAGCUGCGGGACGUGCAGGAACUCCUGGAGGGCCUGCUGGCCUGGCUGCAGUGGGCCCACAGCAGCCUGGAGCUGCAGGACACUGAGCCGCUGCCCCAGGAGAUAGAGCAGGUCAAGGCCCUCAUCGCCCAGCACCAGACCUUCAUGGAGGAGAUGACCCAGAAGCAGCCGGACGUGGACAAGAUCACCAAGACCCACAAGAGGAAACCGGAGCCCCAGGGCCAGUCUCACAUCCCCGUCCUGGAGAAAGGAAAAACCGCAAGAAAGCGCUCCCCUACCCAGGCCCUGUACCAGUCAGCCAGGCAGCCCCCCAUCGAGACCAAGGACCCGCAGAUCAACCUCCUGGUCAGCAGGUGGCAGCAGGUGUGGCUGCUGGCGCUGGACCGGCGGAGGAAACUCAACGACGCCCUGGACCGCCUGGAGGAGUUGAAGGAGUUUGCCAACUUUGACUUUGACGUGUGGCGUAAGCGCUACAUGCGCUGGAUGAACCACAAGAAGUCCCGGGUCAUGGACUUCUUCAGGCGCAUCGACAAGGACCAGGACGGCAAGGUCACCAGGCAGGAGUUCAUAGAGGGCAUCCUCUCAUCCAAAUUCCCUACCAGCCGCCUGGAGAUGAGUGCGGUGGCGGACAUCUUUGACCGUGACGGAGACGGCUACAUCGACUAUUAUGAGUUUGUGGCUGCUCUGCACCCAAACAAAGACGCCUACAAGCCCCUUACCGACGCAGACAAGAUUGAAGACGAGGUGACACGUCAAGUAGCAAAAUGCAAAUGUCCUAAACGAUUCCAGGUUGAGCAAAUUGGUGCCAACAAAUAUCGGUUCUACCUCGGAAACCAGUUCGGAGACUCCCAGCAGCUUCGCCUGGUCCGCAUCCUGCGGAGCACGGUGAUGGUGCGGGUGGGCGGAGGCUGGAUGGCCCUGGACGAGUUCCUGGUGAAGAACGAUCCGUGCCGAGUGCAUCACCACGGGAGUAAAAUGUUACGCUCGGAAUCAAACUCCUCAAUUACUCAGUCUCCUCUAGGUUGGCAAAUCUCACACUUUCUCACCUUGCUCCAUGAACCCAGUGCUAAAGGGAGGACCAACAUGGAGCUGAGAGAGAAGUUCAUCCUCCCGGAAGGCACCACCCAGGUCAUGGCCAGCUUCCGCUACAGGGGUCGGAGGUCGCGACCCUCGUCCCGGGCCGCUUCGCCCAAUAGGUCGAACUCCAGUCACAGCUGUCCGGCUCCGCCCAUCCCAGUGCAGACUCAGCCCAGCACACCCAAGACCUCCCAACACAAGCACACCCGCAAUUAUGAUAAACCCUGGCUGGCAAACAGCAAGCCCUCCACUCCUCUUAAAUCCUCCGACUCGUUUGACAGCCAAGGCUCGUCUUCAGAGAGCACGCCCAUAGCUGGCAGCAAGCUCCGUCUCCCUGGUUACCUGUCGGGCAAGAGCUUCCAGUCGGGUGAGGAGGGCUCCCUGAUCAACGCUGCUGUGAUGAAGGCCAGAUCACAGGCCUUAGGCGACCACAGGAAGCUCCACAGCCGACCAGGAAGUAAGGCUGGCAGCCGAGGAAGCAGCCGGAGGGGGAGCGACGCGUCCGACUUCGAUAUCUCCGACAUCCAAUCGGUGUGCUCCGACACGUCGGAGACGGUGGGCGACGCCCCCCGGGCCACGCCCCGCUCCGCCUCCCGGCAACACGGGGGCAAGCCCUCCAAGAUCCCCACACCCCAGAGGAAGACCACCCCCAGCAAACUGGCCAAGAGCUCCAAGAGAUAGUCAGGAAGUCAGGGAACUACAACCCAGUCUGAGAACUGCAACUACGGAAGCCUGGAAGGGUUGGCGCUCUGCGGACACAGUGACGUGUUCCAGACACACAGACGGACACUAGAGACUGCUAACGUGCUGAUUAUUAUUAUUAUUUAAAAGUGUUAUGAAGAUGUAAAAUAUGUCCGUGAGAAGAAAUGGUUUAAUAUGACGUGAGAAUGGAAUGUCCUUUGGCCCUUGUGUAUUUGUCUUAAUGUAUUUAAUUUCAUGUGAAUAAUGUCAAAAUUACUAUUAUUAUUAUUUUAUUUCAUUUUGUUGAUGACAAACCUGGAUAGGUUCAUAAGAACAAAAGAGAAAAAAAAUACAAUGGAGAAGACUGUACAAUGUAUGGGAAACUAACCUUUUUUUACACACUAAUGAAUGGUGAGGUUUGGUCUGGACAGCUCUGAGAGUUACUGAAUGUACUGUAGUGGCGUCUGUAUGCUGACUGCUGAGUCCUCUCUACUAUCUUAUCUAUUUAAAGUGCAAUGAUGAUAUACUGUAUCUACUGCCAUCAUGCUUGAACUGGGGAAUAUGCACCACAUACUAAACUCAACAUAGUAAACACUGCUCAAAUCAUGUCAAAGAAAACCUACAACUGUUUAUGAGAGCUCACGCAGAAAACUCCUGACUAUAAUCUAGGCUUCAUCGUCCUGUUCCUUAGCAGACCUGCACUUCCUGUAUAGUUUGGGUCACCUGACAGCAUUGAUUGGACAGGUAGCCCUCUCAGCCUUUGGUAGACAUUCUGUAGAGCGUCCAUGUCAGUGUUUGGUUCAUUUUGCUGGAGUGGAACAGAUUACUGUAACUUUUUUGUAAUAAAUCUGCUUGCAGAAAGCUCCUAUGAACACA